CCGGGGGCGGGGCCAGCCCGGGGGCGGGGCGGCGAGGCCGGGCGUAGCGGCCGCGCCAGUCCGAGCGCGAGCGGGGCGGAGGCGCUGCCCGAGUGCGCCAUGGAGCAGCCCAGGAAGGCGGUGGUGGUGACCGGGUUCGGCCCUUUUGGGGAGCACACCGUGAACGCUAGCUGGAUCGCAGUGCAGGAGCUGGAGAAGCUGGGCCUGGGGGACAGCGUGGACUUGCACGUGUACGAGAUCCCCGUGGAGUACAAGACCGUGCAGAGGCUCAUCCCCGCCCUGUGGGAGAAGCACAGCCCACAGCUGGUGGUGCACGUGGGCGUGUCGGGCAUGGCCACCACGGUCACGCUGGAGAAGUGUGGUCACAACAAGGGCUACAAGGGCCUGGACAACCGGCACUUCUGCCCGGGUUCCCAGUGCUGCGUGGAGGACGGGCCCGAGAGCAUCGACUCGGUCAUCGACAUGGACGCCGUGUGCGAGCGGCUCACCGAGCUGGGCCUGGACGUGACGGUCACCAUCUCGCAGGACGCCGGCAGGGCCACGGGCGCUCGGCCUUCGUCCACGUGCCCCCGCUGGGCAAGCCCUACAACGCCGACCAGCUGGGCCGGGCGCUGCGCGUCAUCAUCGCAGAGAUGCUGGGUGUCCUGGAACAGUCGGACCGCCAGGGCAGCUGCUGCCGCCAGCGCUGAGCCCCGCCUCUCUCCCUCCCCUCCCCCUCCCCGGCAUCUGGGGGGCGGGGGAGGGCUGAUGCGCCCCCCACGCCCCCCGCACCCACCGCGGCGGCCACCUGCCCGUCAGCCGCUCCCAAGAGCCGGAUUUCCUAGCGCGCUGUGCCUCCAUGGAUUGUUCUCGAAUGUGCAGCGGCUGGGGGCGGCGAGCCAGACGCCGGGGCAGCCCUGGGCCAGGACGCGGUCCGGGUUUCCCUCUGCUAUUUCUUCCUCUCUCUGGUCAAGAGCAGGACGGCUUAGCGCGGGCGCACAGUGAGCGACCUGUGUGUGCUCUCGGUCCCGAUGCCGACGUGCGACCUGGCUUUUGCUUUUAGGGUGCAGCCCCGUUUGCCCCCCUUCCCCCGGACUGAAGACAAGCCAGGCCUCUGUCUGGGGGCCGGCAGGAAGCCCCCUCCCCUUCACUGCCAUUGGGGCGGCCGCUGAGGGUCUGGGCACCCAGGGGAGGGCAGAGUCUGCCCCCCACCCGGACUUUUCUGAUUUUAUUUUUAGCGUCUGAGACUUUGCAGCUGCUGCCUCGGUCCGGCCCAGGUUUAUCUUUUCAGGGCUGCGAUGGGGGUGACAGCCAGGGGGGCGCGGUCCUGCGGGGGUGCGGGCUGGCGCUGACUUGGGCAAGCCCUGGCAUGUUUUAGGGCCGGGCGGGGGUGGCAGCCCACACAUCCGAUGACGACGGUUUUUGGAGACGGGCCCAGGACCGCAUGGGUAAAAUUUUACCUCGUGCUUGACCCCCGGCAACUUUGAACUUGACCCCUGCGGGGGGGGGGCGUGGUGGAAUCGGUGCCUCUGGAGGUGACGUCAGGGGGACAGCGUGACCCCAGCAGCCAGGGAAGCCGCUGCCCCAGAUGUCACCCUAAACUCGGCCCCUGAUGUCACCCCGACCUCGGCCCCUGAUGUCACCCCGACCUGGGCCCUGGAUGUCACCCCGACCUGGGCCCUGGAUGUCACCCUGACCUGGGCCCUGGCUCAGUGUCCCCGAACCUGGGGACUGUGAUGUCACUUUGCUAUCGCCAGCGUCCACCUUCCUCCCCACCUGUUCCCGCGCCGCCGCUCGGAUGCGUGUCUGAUGCGUGUCCGUGAAACACGCUUCCCCGGGCCCAGGGUUUCCCUUUGCAGGGAACUGGGGGGGGUGGGUGAUGGGGGGCUGGAGGCUGCAGGUUGAAAUGACUGGGCUCCCCCCACCCUGCCCCGCCUUCAGCCCCCAACCUUGUUGUCUCCUGGGAGAUGCACUGCUGGGGGCACUGUCUCCUCCCAGCCGGACCAUGCGGGGGGAGGGGGGACCCGGCUCAGGGAGCCCCCGGAGGCCUCGGUCAGGGUCAGGGCAGCCGCAGGCUCUGACGAUGUCUGCCCUGCAGAGUCCAAGGGGUGACAGGAGAGGAGGGGCUGCGGUUGGGGGAGGGGAGCCAGGCCCCUCCCCCCAGCUCCGCGGGGUGUGACUUAUGUCCAGCCACUGCCAACGUCGAGUGUGUGUGUGACGUUUCUGUUCCCACCGUGCAGCUCAGCAUCUCCUCGUGGGGACGGGGUCACAGGGAGGGAAGUCAUCAGACCCCACCGAGCCCAUCCGCCCCGCCCCCGCUCCGUGGCGUGUCCGUCUGUCUGCGUUUGGCGGUUCUGGGCCUCCCCAAGACCCUCUUCCCUGCCCCCGCUCAUUUGUAGAGCUUCCUGGGGGGGGGGCGGCAGGGCAGGGGUGCAGGGCUGCGAGGGGCCUGGCAGGUGCCUAGGGAGGAGGGGGCGGUGUGUGCUAAGCCUUAAUGGCGAAGAGACGGCCUGAGGGGAGAGGGUCGCUGCCAGGGGUGGGGUCUCCUAGGGAGCAGAUGGGGGCUUCCCGGUGACCCCUGUGGGACCGGCCGAGGUGGGUGACGCUGGCAUCUGCGUGCCUCCUGCCUGGCCCCCUCCCCGCCUAGAGGAAGGUCGGUACUGUGUUCGCGAGGAAGUGACUUGAAAAAGAAAUAAGACGGAGAGGCUAGAAGGAAAGGAAGGCGGAGAGCAGCAGGAACUGGGGUUGCUGGACUGACCUUGCCAUCGCCCCUCCCCCCCUCCCACCCUUCGCUGCCCCCCACCCCGUGCACCUGCCCCAGAGGGGCGGGGCCUGCCAGUCCGGGAAUGUCAGGUGGCACUUAUCUCAGCCAGGGACCAGUUGGUGGCCCACUCUUUCCGGCGGCAUGGAGAUGGGAGGCCAGCUGGUUUGCGGCUCCGCCCCUCCCCCCAAGGCCUGGGUCCCGCCCCCAGGCAGAGCAGGAGCUGCUGGGACUUAGGGGGGGCUGCUGCUGUCUAGACAGUUGACCUUUGACCUCCCCGCCCCUUGUAGCGGCUGAACCCUGAAAUCCCCUUUGGGGAAGGCAAGGACAAAGCCUCAUUCUCUGCGGAGACCCCUGGGCGCCGGCAGCCAUGGUAACCGCGGCCUUGGCCUCCCUGUCGCAGACUCCACGUCCCCUCUGCAGGCCCACGGGCCGUGAGCACCCAGGACUGCUGGCCGGGACCGGCAGGUGCAGGGCUGGGGUCCCCUGAGACUCGCAGCGCAGACUGCUGGGGACGGGCUCGGGCCAAUCCCCCACUCCGUGCCGGGACGCCUGCGCAGCCGAGCGCUGGGGGGGGCGGGGGAGGCUCCCGCUCCCCGGGGGAACGCGGUUCAGCCCCAGCUGCUCCUCCCCCGUCCCCGCGCCCCUUCCCCAAGCCUCCCUGGGGUGCCAGACGCCCACAGAAGUGCCUGCCUCCCGAGGACUCCCAGGGCCCAGCGAGGCGGCCGUGGCUCCUGGCCGCUCCUGGUGGGGUCACCUGUGCUGUUCCCAGCUCAGGGGCUUUGGGGUCCUGAUGCUGUGCCUCCAGGAAAUGCUGGGUUGGAAGCGGGGUCUCUGCCCACCGCGUGGACACCGGUGGGGGGUGGAGGUCCCUGUGCCCUUGUGCAGGGGGCUCCUGGCUUCCCUCUGGGGUUUCCCUUAGCCUCUCAGGUUCUUAUCUCCGUCCUGGUGUCUCUAGAAACAUCCGACUGGAGCGCUGCCUGUGUCCCUGUCCCCAGAGGCGUCCCCGCCCUCCAGCCCCCAUGUGGCUUCCCCCCACACCCACCCAGAGCUCCUGCCAGUGCCUUUGUUAAACUCUGUGUUCAGGACACCCCCGACCCCGACCCCGGCCAGGGCAGGGUCCCCCGGGCUCUGCCUCUUGAAACCUCAGAGAGCCAAUAAAACACUGAAAAGCG